CAAUGCAUGGCCACUGUUCUAUUUUAAAGCUUUGGCCCUUUCAGGUUGUGAGCAUUUUGCGCUAGUAGCCUGCUAACUAGUGCUAAGCUGCUGACAUGGCUGCUUGUUUGGUCGUUUUUCUCUUGGUUUUAGUCGGCCCUGGGGCUAGCGCUAGCUGCAUUGGUUUGGGUUCAAGAUUGGUCGCUCGUGAUCAAAAUGAAGCAUGGGUUUCAGAUAAUGGCACUUUUGCCUUUGGUUUCGCUUCAGCGGCUACUGCUCGUGACAAAUUCCAAGUGGCAAUCUGGUUCGUAGAUCUUCCUGGUGAUCGAACCUUGGUCUGGUCAGCUAACAGAAAUCCUCAAUCGCAUCCCUUGGGAUUUUCUUCAAACCUCGUCAGAAACUCUCUGGUCACCAAAAACGCAUUCCUGGAGCUGGACACCACCGGCAACCUAGUCCUAAUAGACGGGUACAGAACAGUCUGGAUGUCAAACACCUCCGACGCAGGCGUUACAUCAGCAAGCAUGGAAGAAACUGGCAACUUCAUCCUCCACUCUAACUCCAACCACUCAGCAUGGCAAAGUUUUGAACACCCUUCUGAUACUUUACUUCCAAACCAGCCUUUAACAGUAUCUCUUGAACUAACAUCAGUACCAAAAUCACCUUCACAAGGUGGCUAUUACUCUCUCAAAAUGUUACAACAGCCCACUUCACUAAGCCUUGCUUUAACAUAUAACUUGCCUGAAACCUAUGAUGCUGCACCUGAAACUUAUGCAAACUAUUCCUACUGGCCUGGGCCGGACAUUUCGAAUGUUACGGGGGAUGUGGUUGCGGUUUUAGAUGAAGAGAUAUUGGUCGCUCGUGAUCAAAAUGAAGCAUGGGUUUCAGAUAAUGGCACUUUUGCCUUUGGUUUCGCUUCAGCGGCUACUGCUCGUGACAAAUUCCAAGUGGCAAUCUGGUUCGUAGAUCUUCCUGGUGAUCGAACCUUGGUCUGGUCAGCUAACAGAUCAUUAAUGGCACUGAAUCUUGACAAGGGAAAAAAGAGAAGGAGAAAAAUCAGAGACAUUUCUCCUUCUUUAGUCUUCACAGAAGCUCUUGCAGGUGACAAUUUCUGA